AUGAGCUGCCACAAUUGCGCCAGAACGACGCUGACCCUGUUCAUCCGCUCCUUCGUAAACACCGAGCAAAUCCUCGUUGCUCGACGACCGCUACUCCGUCCGCAACAAUCGCGGUUCUCGACCGAUGCGCGCCGACUACGCAAAGUAGGGCCUAUAAUACCCACCGCCGAACCACAAAUAGCGGAACCAAAACAGGCCGAGAUAGAAGAUGCUCUCACGGGAGAGUUCGAACGAGAACGAAGGCGCGAGCGCCCAGCGUGGGCUGUACAAAAGGAAGCGCUGAAAGAGAAGCUGGGAGGCGAGGCAUGGAGCCCGCGCAAGAAGUUGUCGCCCGACACGAUGGAAGGCAUACGGCAUCUGCACAGCACACAACCCGAUAAAUUCACUACACCCGUCCUCGCGCAACACUUCAAAGUCUCGCCCGAAGCCAUCCGCCGCAUACUGAAGAGCAAGUGGCAACCCUCCGAUGCAGAAUACGAAGCGAGGAUGGAGAGGUGGAACAAGCGCGGAGAGAGGAUAUGGUCCAACUUAGUAGAGAUGGGCGUCAAGCCACCGAAGAAGUGGAGAGAGAUGGGUGUUGGUCGGGCUGAGAAUGGAGAGGCGCCCAGGUGGAAGUCAAGAGAUCGGAAUCAGGUGGAUGUUAGGGACAGCGUCCACGACGACUUUAAGGACUAUGUUCCGGACGAAGAGCUUAUACCGACUGUCGGCAAGUCUGGUAGGUCGAAACCGACGACCAGCCGUGUGCCGCUAUUUGAGAGACUAUAA